GGUGAGGAGUCGCCCGCCAGCCGACCACCUGUUCCUCCCGGGAGUGCGGCGCGUGCUGAUUGGCUGGAGUGCUGCCUGGGUACCGGAAGUGGCCGAUGCCCGUCGCCCGUGAAACCAAGACAACAGCUGCGGGUUCUGAGCGAGCGGGCGGAGAAGCGUGGGGAGCCCGACCGGAGCGAGUGUGGGGCGGUAGCUGCCUGAGAUUGUGAGAUGGGAACUGAGAACAAGGAGGUAAUUCCCAAGGAAGAAAUUUCUGAAGAAUCUCAGCCACAUGGGGCAUUUUUAGAAAAAAUGGAAGAAAAACUUACAAAGGUGGCGUGCCGGGGUCGUGAGUUUGGAGCAGUGUGUGAAGAAGACAUAUUGGAGGGGCAUUCUGGAGAGUCCACAGAAAAGAUUCUGGGGCAGGAGUCAUCUGAGGAGAGAGACUUUGCAUCAGAGUUGAUUAUCUUUAAGAAAUCACCCUCCAGUGAGAAAGAUCAGGAGAAGGAUGAGAGUGAGAGAGUCUGCAGACUCAGCUCAAACCUGCUCACACGUCAGGGAGACACCACAGUAGAGGCAGUUAGCACAGUUGCUACUUCUGGCCAGAACUUCAUAGAGAAUUUAGGACCUAACAAAACACACAGAAGUUCUGUGGGAGAAAAGCCUCAUACAUGCAAAGAAUGCGGGAAAGCCUUUAAUCAGAACUCACAUCUUAUUCAGCACAUGAGAGUUCAUAGUGGAGAGAAACCCUUCGAAUGCAAAGAAUGUGGAAAAACAUUUGGAACUAACUCAAGCCUUCGAAGGCACCUGAGAAUUCAUGCUGGAGAAAAGCCCUUUGCCUGUAAUGAAUGUGGAAAGGCCUUCAUUCAGAGUUCACAUCUCAUCCACCAUCAUAGAAUUCACACUGGAGAGAGACCUUAUAAAUGUGAAGAGUGUGGUAAAGCCUUCAGUCAGAAUUCAGCCCUUAUUCUACAUCAGAGAAUCCACACUGGGGAGAAACCAUAUGAGUGUAAUGAAUGUGGGAAGACCUUUAGGGUUAGCUCACAGCUUAUUCAGCAUCAGAGAAUUCAUACUGAAGAAAGAUACCAUGAAUGCAAUGAGUGUGGCAAAGCCUUCAAGCAUAGCUCAGGCCUUAUUAGACACCAGAAAAUUCACACUGGAGAAAAACCGUAUCUAUGUAACGAGUGUGGGAAAGGCUUUGGGCAGAGUUCCGAGCUCAUCCGACAUCAAAGAAUUCACACAGGAGACAAACCGUAUGAAUGUAAUGAAUGUGGGAAAACUUUUGGCCAGAACUCAGAGAUAAUCAGACAUAUUAGAAUUCAUACUGGUGAGAAGCCCUAUGUUUGUAAGGAAUGUGGGAAGGCCUUUAGGGGGAACUCGGAACUUCUUAGACACGAGAGAAUUCACACUGGAGAGAAACCCUAUGAGUGCUUUGAGUGUGGGAAGGCUUUUAGACGGACCUCUCACCUUAUUGUCCACCAGAGAAUUCAUACUGGAGAGAAACCUCAUCAGUGUAAUGAAUGCGCCAGAACAUUUUGGGACAACUCUGAGCUGCUUCUCCACCAGAAAAUCCACAUUGGAGAGAAACCUUAUGAAUGUAAUGACUGUGAGAAGACAUUCAGCCAGCAUUCCCAGCUUAUCAUACAUCAGAGAAUUCACACUGGAGAGAAGCCUUACGAGUGCCAAGAAUGCCAGAAGACCUUCAGUCGGAGCUCUCACCUCCUCCGACAUCAAAGUGUCCACUGUAUGGAAUGAUCUGCGAAACAGGAAAGCCUUCUGAGGGAAAAGCUGAAGUCAGACUUAGUGUUCUUAAUCUGCACCUCGAGUUCUCAGAUCAGAUGAAUGGGCAGAACUUCCCUGUCCUUGUACUGAUUUUUAUUUAAGCAGCUGGACAAAAAAAGAUGAGGCACUUUUAUGAACUGUUCAUUGAGAAGUUUCACUGUACUGAGUUAAAUCAUAAAAGCUGUUUCAGGCCUUAA